AUGCCUUGCGACACGACCGGUCACUCCCAUCUCUGGCCGCAGUCAGGCCCUUUGGCUAUUAAGAGAUGCGAGCGAUACUGCGGCUACUGCGUCCAUCCGAGGCAAUACGCGUCGACCACGACACUCCGUACUCAUGUCAUAUCCCACCAUACAGUCAAUUCUGGAAGCCAUCCCAAUGUGACUUCGGUCUCCGCCAGUCGAAAACCGCGAGCCUCAAACUUCCAGGGUGAGCCAGCCGGUCCAGAUCCUCAACCGCCUGCCGAUGCUGCUCAAUCUGCUGGCCCAACAAACGCACUCGUCUCAUCUGGACGGGCUUGGCUUGUGAUUCAAGACGUCCAUUCGCAACUCCAUCUUCCUGUACCCGACGGCCUGCUCAACCCUAUCGUCACCUUCCUCAACGGCUGCGGAGACAUCAUCUGGCCCAGAAUCGCGGCAUCACGUCACCACCUCACCAAGGACUCGCUGUUCCUUCAGCGAGGCUACUGGACUGGUCGCGACAGCGCCAAUACGAUGAGCGGUCCGGUAUGGCUGACAGACGGCUUCAUGACUCCUGAAGUGAGACGACAGUGGGAGCAGAGUAACAACCGCACGGAACCUCCGCCUGACGCUAACGUGAUCAACUCUGCUCUCGGACGUUUGAUCAAGGUCUAUGUUUUUGCCAUGCUACAGUAUAGCGUGGUCAAUCCUUCUGGAUUUCUGACAGCGGCGGGCUUGCAAUCGACGGACUUGCUGGGUCCGAUACUUGAGGUCGAUCAAGACGAGGUGCGGCAAGGGCCGAUUGGUGCCGCAAUGGCAGUGGAUCGGAGUGGCGAUGGCAAGACGGUCGAGGAGACGGUUCUGCAGUACCGAGAAGAGACAGGGAAUAGGGGUGGUCUGCCUUGA